CAAGAUUCCUUGACUAGAACCGGGAAGUAGGAUUGGUAACGAGGUUUUAUUGUUCCUUGUGUGGAGUAAAGAAAUACAUACUUACUAAACUAAAUAGGCUACCCAUCUCUAAUUUGACAGAAAAUGUCUAAACUACAGAGUUUGUGUGUGUUUUUAAAUGAGCGUUUAUCGGCGGCUGCUGUGGAUAUUUUUGGUGCAGUUGAGAAAACGGUAGUGGAGUACCAGGAGGAGAAUGAUCGGCUACGGGGACUGCUGCGGAGGACACCAGAGAUACAACUAUGUAGAAUAGAAUCCCUGCAGCCCUCUGUCUCUGAAGAGGAGGUUCCCCCUGAACAGCAGCACUGUGAGCAGGAGUGGAGCCCCAGUCUGGGGCAGAAGGACCCAGAGACCAAACAGAUUAAAGAGGAACAGGAGGAAGUCAGGACCAGUCAGGAGGAAGAGCAGCUUCAAGGGGUGGAGCCUGAUAUCAUAGAGUUCAUAUUUACUCCUCCUUGUGUGAAAAGUGAAUGUGAUCAGGAGAACCCACAUCAAGAUCCCAUACUUGCUGAACACCCAACUCUCCUGAAAAUGUCUAAACUACAGUCGUUUCAAGAGUUUUUAAAUGAGCGUUUAACGGCGUUUGCUGCUGUGGAGAUUUCCGGGGAAUUUGCGAAAGCAGUAGGAGAGUAUCAGGAAGAGAAUGAUCUGCUACGGAGACUGCUGCGGAUCACACCGGAGAUAAAACUAUGUAGAAUAGAAUCCCUGCAGCCCUCUGUCUCUGAAGAGGAGGUUCCCCCUGAGCAGCAGCACUGUGAGCAGGAGUGGAGCCCCAGUCUGGGGCAGAAGGACCCAGAGACCAAACAGAUUAAAGAGGAACAGGAGGAAGUCAGGACCAGUCAGGAGGAAGAGCAGCUUCAAGGGGUGGAGCCUGAUAUCAUAGAGUUCAUAUUCUCUCCUUCCUGUGUGAAAAGUGAAUGUGAUCAGGAGGACCAAACCCAGACAAUGGAGAACAGAGAGAGAGAUUCUAAACCAGUGGAUCUCAAACCUUUUGGCACUGUGACCCACAUUAAGGGUCUCUACAUUCCCUGUGACCCUCCAGGUAAUCAAAACAAUGCCUCCAGCCACAGCUCAGCCGUAAGCAGCGACGCAGUAGGACUUGACAACAGUCCACUAUUGGAUCCCAGUACACCAAUAGGGGAACAUUGUUCCAAACCCAACACCAUGCCUAGAAGAACUCACCAAUGCCGUGACUGUGGUGAAACAUUUGCUCUGAAAGCUGACCUGCAGAGACACGUGACUCUCACCAAGAAGAGACCCAGUGAAUGUAGCUUUUGCAAAAAAAGCUUCAACUCCACCUGUAAACUGAAGGCCCAUGUCCGACUCUGUCACAUUGGGAAACCCUGUGGCAUGACCUUCAAACACAACCUGCCCAAUCACAUGAGGAUUCACACAGGAGAGAAAUCAUUUAGCUGCGGUGACUGUGGAAAAAGCUUCAAUCGGAAGAUGAGCCUAACUGAACAUAAACUGACUCACACAGGAGAGAAACCAUUUAGUUGUGGUGACUGUGGGAAAAGCUUCAAUCGGAAAGGUCACCUAACCAUACACAAACUGACUCACACAGGAGAGAAACCAUUUAGCUGUGUUGACUGUGGGAAAAGCUUCAAUCGGAAAGGUCACCUAACCAUACACAAACUGACUCACACAGGAGAGAAACCAUUUAGCUGUGGUGACUGUGGGAAAAGCUUCAAUCGGAAGGGGCACCUAACCAUGCACAAUCUGACUCACACAGGAGAGAAACCUUUUAGCUGUGUUGACUGUGGGAAAAGCUUCAAUCGGAAGGAGCACCUAACCAUGCACAAACUGACUCACACAGGCGAGAAACCUUUUAGCUGUGGUGACUGCGGGAAAAGCUUCAAUCAGAAAGGGGACCUAAGGAGGCACAAACUGAUUCACACAGGAGAGAAACACCAUCGCUGCUCCGUCUGUGGUAAAGGAUUCACUCAGAAGACGAAUCUGCUGAGGCAUGUGGAUAAAGUCCACAAAGGAAAGAAACAGGACAGAAACUGAAAGGGAAGGGGGGAUACCUAGGUAGUGUUCCAACUGAAUGCAUUCCACUGAAAUGUGUCUCCCGCAUUUAACCCAACCCCUGUGAAUCAGAGAGGUGCUGGGGGGCUGCCAUAGUCGACAUCCACGUUGUCGGCACCCGGGGAUCAGUGGGUUAACUGCCUUGUUCAGGGGCAGAACGACAGAUUUUUACCUUGUCAGCUCGGAGAUUCUAUCCAGCAACUUUUCGGUUACUGGAAAGAACAUUAGGACAAAGAGAUUGUCUGGGGGAAAAUAAUGAAUGGCAAUAUCAAUAUGAAAUACUUAGGAUCCUUAAUGAGUGACAACAAACAACAAAUAUAUAAAGAUAACUUUAUUCCAUUACUCAACUAUAUGAAAGCAGAUCUAAUUCAAGGGAAUAAUCUUCCUGUAAAUUUUAACAGAUAAAAGAAACCUCUUCAGAAUAGCAUAUGGCUCCUAAAGGUUUUUGUAUUUAUUUUCGGUAAUACCAAUUACCCAUCCAAAUGUUU